AUGGCUUGCAAAUGGUCUGUUUCUUUCUUCAAAAUUAUGAUACCAUGGCAAUGGACAACUAAAGUGCUACUCAUAGUAUCCACCUUUAGCAUAUACAGUUCAGCAAAUGAUACUGGUUUAUUGACAGUCGACGUGAAAGCUCCGUGGAAAAGAAUUGAUUUCGUAUCCAAUUUCAUUGAAAGUAUAGCGGGAUUCAAUGCAUCACUAUACAUACCAACCUUGGAAGCUAUCUUUGGGCUUGGAGAUUCAGAUGUAAGCGAGGGAAGAACAGACAAGGAGAUAUACGAUUACACUAUGAAACAGCUUUCACUAGAGCCAAGCGCAAUUGACUUUGUAAAUUUCAACCUUGUCUAUAAAAAAUAUUCUCCUAGAGUGGCUUCACAUUACUUUCACUAUGAAACGACAUUACAGCAAUUCGGAGAUAGGUUGAAAACGGAAUGCACCAAAGACUCGUUUGGCAAUCAGGUGGAAACAAAGAAUGGACUUGUGCCUGCGUGGGUUUUGUACAAUGAUAAAAUAUACUGUUCAGUAAAUGAUUUAUUUGCUCUCCAGACUGACAAGUCUAAUCAAGAGACUUUUCUUUUUGACAGGGUAAUUGGUGAUAGCGAUGAUGCACCAUUAUUGACGUUUUAUGGUGACCCCACUGUGGACCAAACCAGGGAGUUUCUCAAGGUUUUGUAUGAAGAAGCUCAGAACGGAAAAUUGAGAUUUGUUUGGAGAUAUAUCCCUUCGGUUAGUAAACGUGUGGAUUCACUACCUGGCUUUGCAGUGGAGGUUCCUACAAAAAAUAUCGAAUAUUACGCUCAUUCAAAACUUGAUUUGAAUAAGGACUUCGAUACGAUAAAGAGUUCAAGAGCUAUUUCGAAAAUUGGCAAUAACGUCAAUGAAUUGGGUAUUAAGCUCACUUCAUUUAUUUUGUCCAAUAAGAUCAAGUUAUCCAAGUUUGAGUUGCUACAGACAAUAUUGAACAAUAUGCCAAUAUUCUAUUCCUAUUUAAACAAGCUACCACAACUGAUUAAUUACAAGAAGGUACAAUCAAAAGUAGUGGGCAAUGAACAGGUAGGAUUAUCGAAGGAAUCGUUUGGGAUCUAUAUAAAUGGGUCACCAAUACAUCCAUUGGAGUUGGAUGUGUAUAAACUCUAUGAUAAGAUUAGUGAUGAAUUAUCUACAGUUAAGAAUCUCGUUGAAUUAGGGUUCAAUUCAGUUCAAGCGAAACUCCUUUUAGCUAAGUUUGGAUUACUUUCUGCUGUGAAACAAGCUCAGUUCAGGACGGGAAAUACAUUGAUGGGCAACAAUGAAAACCGAUUCAAGGUAUUCCAACAUGCUUUCAAUCGCAAUGAUGCCACAAAGGGUGGCGUAGUGUUUAUAAAUGACAUCGAGAGUGAUAGAAACUACGGCGAGUAUUCGACAGAUCGCCAGGAAGCCUAUCUUGGAGUAGAGUCUCGUAAACUCAAGCCUAACCAAAUCCCUCCUUUGAAAGAGAACGUGCAUGAUUUGAUAUUUGCAUUAAAUUUGGCAAGUAAGAAGCAGUUGAAGGCUUUUUUCACAUUUUCAAAAAUUAUACUAGAUUCAGGUAUCCCUCAACAAGUUGGUGUCUUGCCAAUCAUUGGUGAAGAUCCACUAGAUGAACAACUUGCCAUUCGUUUAUACCAUAUUACUAAACUUCUGGACCAAAAAGAGGCACUUGCAUUGCUUUAUAAGUAUAUGGAGUCCACGGGACCAGAUGAAAUUCAAGAACUAUUAAAGAAGGUAGACGUGCCAACUAAUUUCCGGGUGGAUUUUGACACAGUAUUGAACAAAUUUUCAAUUGACCAACCCUCAGUCGUUGUGAAUGGAGUAAUCCACGAUCUUUUUUCGUCCAAUUGGCAAGUAGCCAUGAGCAAACAAAUCGAACAAGAUAACUCACUCAUAAAGACUCAAUUGAGACAGGGUGACGUGAAUGGCAAUCUCAAAGAUAUAAUCUACAACAAUGCCAAGCUGGAGCGGAAUCUACGUAUUCAUCCAUUGGACCCCAGUGAAAUCAUUUACAAAAAAAUUGACCAUGAUUUAAUGAGGUCAUCGAUAGCUUUCAAAAAAGUUGAUAAAGAGUUGAAUAACCAUGCAACUAUUUGGUUGGUGUCGGAUUUCAGAGAUAGCAAGAUGAUAGAUCAGCUUGUGACUUUAUUGAACCUCAUGAAACGAAAGUCAAUACAGGUUAGAGUGUUUAACGUAGGGAACACAAAAUUGUUUUCAAAGUUGGCUGGCAAAAUGAGAUUAACAGUCUUGACAAAUGCAGAUAUAAACGCCAUCAUCUCCACAUUAAAAGAGGGAGGGGAAGUAUCAACCGGUUUGAAUGAAGACCUUGUACAUCUGUUGGAACAAAAGCAUAUGCCAGUAAGACAUUCAUACUUGUUGGUGAACUCAAGGUACUUCAGAUUGGAUCCUGUAAUAUUAAACAUGGAGGAGUUGUCGCAGCUAAUCGAGUACGAGCUAACCCAAAGGUUACGCCUUAUAAACGAAAUUUGUGUCACGUACGUAGAUGAAUUCCCACAAGCUUUAUAUGAAUACAAUCUGAUGGGGUCUGGAUUAGAUGACAUGGAUUGGUUUGACUUAGUUUCAAGCAUAGUGACAAAAUCGUUUCAUGUUGAUGACAAGACAUUCGUCAAUGACGUAAACAGAUAUGACUUUGGUUCCUUGGAUAUGUCAAAUCUGAUAGACUAUAAAAAGCACGACGAGUCAAAGCAAGUUGAUGUGUUAGUUAUCAUGGAUCCCCUUGAAGAUAACUCGCAGAAGCUCAUCAAUAUACUUGAUGCUGUCAAAGACUUUUCUUUUGUGAACGUGAGGGCUUUAUUUCAGCCAAAGCUCGAAUACGCACGAGAAGAGUUGACAGAACGGUUUUAUCAAGGCGUUUUCCCUCCUUCUAUUCCAUAUUUUGAAGGAAGUGGAAAAUGGGACGACACAUUUUUGGCAACUUUUGACGCACUCCCUGUGGCUACAUGUUCCAUUAAUAUGGAUGUCCCUAAACGUUGGGUUGUUGUUGCAAAAAGUGCUCCAUCAGAUAUUGAUCUCAACAGUUUCAAAUUGGAUAAAAACCCCAUAUCAGUGUCUUUCGAAAUAACCAAUUUACUCAUUGAGGGAAAUGCUAGAGAUGUGAACACCGGCAAAGCCCCCAAUGACUUACAACUACAAAUUUCCAAUGGAACCCACACAGACAAUACUUUGGUAAUGACGGCUUUAAACUACUUUCAACUAAAGGCAUUACCCGGUGUUCACUCCCUCAGUGUCAAGUCCAAUCAUUCGUUGUUAUCUGCCUCGGACAACAAAUUUGAUCCAAAUAUCGUCGAGAUUGAAACAGCCCCAAUGUCUUUGUUCUCGUUAAACGGUCUUGUGCUCCAAAUAAGAGUCAGCUCGAACAGAGAAAGAAUUGUUGAAAAAUCAAAGCAUGCGGAUAUUAAUAUCUUCACCAUUGCAGGAGGCCAUGAAUACGAAAAACUUGUCAGCAUAAUGAUAGCAUCUGUGAAGAGUCACAACCUAAAGAAAUCGAUCAAGUUUUGGAUCUUGAGCAAUUUCAUCUCUCCACAAUUCAAAGUAUUGAUUCCACAUUUGAUUGAAAAGUAUAGCGUCGAAAUCGAAUUGGUCACCUACAAGUGGCCAACCUUUUUGCGAAAGCAGAGUAAUAGACAAAGAGAAAUUUGGGCUUACAAGAUACUAUUCCUUGACGAACUAUUUCCACAAGAUCUUGAUCGUGUGAUAUUUGUUGACGCAGAUCAGGUUUGUCGUACCGAUCUCACUGAGUUGGUAAACAUGGACUUAGAAGGUGCUCCGUAUGCUUUCACUCCAAUGUGUGAGUCCAAUAAAGAAACAGAAGGGUUUAGAUUUUGGAAACUGGGUUAUUGGGCUGAGGUAUUACAAGAUGAUUUGAAAUAUCAUAUCAGUGCAUUGUAUGUUGUUGAUUUGUCCAAGUUCAAAUCGGUUGAAGCAGGUAACAGACUACGCGCUCACUAUCAGAAAUUAUCCAGUGAUCCGAACUCACUAAGCAACUUAGAUCAAGAUUUGCCCAACAAUAUGCAGAGACAAAUCAAGAUCAAAAGUUUGCCACAAGAGUGGCUUUGGUGUGAAACGUGGUGUUCAAGUGAAACUUUCAAUGAAGCUAAGAUGAUUGAUUUGUGCAACAACCCAUUGACUAAAGAAAAUAAAAUCGACACCGCGAAGAGAUUAAUCCCGGAGUGGGUAAAUUAUGAAAAAGAAGUGUUAGCUUUGAUUGAUCAAGUAACGGAUACCGUUGAAGAAGAGGUUGAGGAAGACGAAGAAAACUUCACUAUUGAUGAAUCGCACGGUGAGGUAGACUCCGAUGACGAUGCACUCUACCAUGAUGAGUUGUAG